UUAAGUAGAUACCCGACACCUCAGGGCCCAAGCUCAGGUGGUAUAAAAAGCAGACGUGGGACAUAAAAUCUUCACAACAGUCUCUACUUCCUCCAGAUUGUCGUGUCGAGCAAGAAAAGGACGAUUACAUAAAAGAAAUGGCUGUGUUUACAUGUGCUAUUGUGGUUGCCACAUUUAUGAUGCUGGUAGCAGCCGAACCUACCAACAAGACAGAAUCAGCGUUUACUGCCAAGUUCACAUCUAACCUCGAUUCAGUGACGUACACAAACCUACGUAUCGUCUUUGAUUCAGUCUUGACCAACAUCGGCGAUGACUACAAUCCAGGAGACGGCAAAUUCACUGCCAGCAUUCCAGGAACCUACGUUUUUUCCGUGACUCUAAUGAGCAAGCUUUCAUCAGAUAGCGCUGCCUUUGGUUGUCUGCACAAGAAUGACAUAGAACAGUUCUGCGUCUGGUCCAAUGGGUACAAUGCCCACGAGAUGUCGAGCAAUACGAUCACACUCAAGUUGGUUAAAGGUGAUGUCGUUGACGUCGUUUUAAAGGCUGGCAGUAGCUAUGGAAUUCACAACUCUGGUACAGCUGGCUACUGUUCAUUUACUGGCUUUUUGCUUUAUCCCCAAGAAAGUCUUUUGGAAAAAUUACAAGAAGCCAUUAACAGGUUGAAUUAAGUAGGAAUAUCAUUUUGAGAUAUUCUCCUAAAGCGUUUAGUAAGUGGUGGAUAUAUUUUCGACAAAGUAUACUUUGAGUCCGUCACAUGAUUUAAUUUUAAUAAAAUUUAUCGCAAUGAUAUUGUA